AUGAAUGAAAAACAUAAGAAUACACCACAGAUUCAAUCUGAAACGUUGUCACUUAUAAAACAACAAUUUUUCAAAACAAAAAUGUGUCCUUUUCAAAAAAAUAAAAAUUAUUGUCUUAAUGAAUCAAAUUGCCAUUAUGCUCACAGUAUAGAUGAAUUAAAACCUAUGCCAGAUUUAAGAAAUACCAAACUGUGUGAUUAUAUAAAAAAAAAAAUACCUUGCCGUAAUGUAAAUUGUAAAUUUGCACAUGAUAUUAAUACGUUGAAACCUAGUGUUCAUUUAGCUACAUAUAAAUCUACGAUUUGUAGUUUUUGGGGUAAAGGGAAAUGUUUUAAUGGCAAUAAAUGUAGAUUUGCUCAUGGAAGUGAAGAUAUAAAAACAAAUGAAGAUAUAGAUUUAUUAGAAAAUGCAAAACAUAUAAAAAAAAAUAAAAAUAAAAUCAGCAUUUGUGAUAUAAAGCAAGGAACAUCUUCAACAAAUUCUUUUAACACAUGCGAUUAUUCAAUUAAUUGCUCCAUGGAAACUACAAACGUUUCUUCAUUUGAUAAAAGCAGAGAAGUUUUUAUGUUAAAAAAAAACAAUAGUGAUAAAGAAAAAACAAAAGAAAAAAAUAAAGUAGGAAGUUUCAAUUUAAAUAAAAAUUUUUUUGAAGAUAAAAAUGAAAUAAUUAAUAGCGAGAUAACAGGAAAUGGUUUAACAUUUUGUGAUAAAAAAAAUUCAAACUCUAUUAAAGAAGUUAUUGAUAAAAUUGAAAAUAUGACUUUAUCUACCUUUAUAGAAAAUAAUGAUAAAUAUACAAAGGUUAUUAAAUAUUUGUUGAAUGAAAAUAAUCUUUUAAAAGAGUCAUUAAGAAAGGAUCAAGUAAAUAUAAUACUAGAACAAGAACAAGAACAAGAGGAACAAAAAAAUAAAACUUCUUUUGGAAGUAGCAUAACAGAAACUAACAGUAAAAUGAAUAGUGAAGAUUUAACAAAAUAUUUAUUUCUUGAUGACAAUAAUGAAAAGGUUUUAAUUUCUAAUCAAAAGAGAAAUGAAAAUAUGAUGUCAUCUUUUGAUGAUACAACGAGAAUUGAUGAAAAUUUUAAUAGCAUUAUAAAAACAAUAGAUGAUAUUCUAAUUUCACAAAAUGUUAGUUCUUUUCCAAGUUUAAAAGAUGUGACUACCAGUUAUGAUAAUAAAGAUAUAUUUUCUAUUAAGAAUAGUAAUGAUAUAAAUAGAGAAUGUGGAAACUUAUUAUGCAAUCUGAAAUCAUUUGAAAAUUUAAAAAACAUUUAUCCUAAUUUUAAUUCAUUUAAUAUAAUAGAUAAAAAGGCAAAUAAUAAAGUAGAGGAAGAGGUUUUAGAACAGUUUUUUCAACAAAAUAGCACAAAUAAUGAACAGACAGAAAAGAAAAAAAGUUAUUAUGAUGAAAAUUUUACCUUUGCAAAAUCUAAAUCUUUUCCUUACGAUAAUCAUCAAACAAAAGAAUCAGAAGAGUUUUCCCAAAAAAAGAAUAAUAAAUCCAUUACUCGUCAACACAAAGAACAAGAAAAUCAAGAAAUUCAAAAUAUACAACAAAGACUCAUGCAAUUACAACAAAUGAAAAAAGAGGAGUUAAAUAAAAGUAAAGAUAUAAAUUCCUGGCAAAAUGAUUUCGUUAUUUUAAGAAAUGAUUAUAAUAUUAGUAGUAGUAGUAGUAAUCAUAGUAAUAAGAAUAUUAGUAAUAUUAAUAAUAUUAAUAAUAUUAAUAAUUUAAAUUUAAUGCAAAAAUAUACACCUAAUAUUAUAAGAGAAAAAAAUGCAAAAUUAAAUUUAAGAGAAAACGCAGGAUUAAAUGAUAAUAGUAUGAACUUAGAUAAACUAUUAGAAUUUUCUAAUGAGAAAUCAGAUAUUAUAAAAAAGAUAAGAAAUAUAAUUUCUAAUGAAUUAAAAAAUAAUGAGAACGAAAAUUAUACAAAUAAAAAAAUUAGUAAUUUUACUAAUAUUUCAAAUUUUAAUAAUAGUUUAAAUACAAAAAACAUAUUAUUUAAUGACAAUUUAUAUUCAACAACUUUUAAUAAGAUACCUGCAAAUUCUACAAAUCAUAAUAUUCUUAAUAACAAUACUAUUAAUAAUACUAAUAAUAGUGAUUAUAAGAAUAAUCAUAAUAAUAAUGGUUACAUGAAUGAUAAUAAUAAUCACAAAUUAAAUAAUGAUUUAUCAAAAUAUAAAAAGGAAAUAAAUAAUGAUCAGAAUAUUUGGAAUAAUCAUGUAAACUUUAACGAAUAUGCUUAUCCAAUAUUGUCACAUGAUUGGAUAAAUAAUCAAAAGAAUAAUGAUUUUUUUAAUAUCUCUAAAUCUAUUAAUCUAAGUAGCUUAAAUUGA